ACUGUGGAACACUCAACACAUUUAUUCAUUGAACAUUUCGGAUGCUGCCAUCUACACAAACUAGAAGCCGAAUCAAUCAUCCUCAGAGCCAGUACAGGAACGAAGGGCACCUUCCAGCCACGGCAUGGAGAAGAGCAAGGUUCUUGUCGUGGGUGGCGCGGGCUUCAUCGGCCGGCGGCUUGUCGCGGCGAGCCUGGCACAGGGCCACCCGACUUUCGUCCUGAUGCGGUCGGAGAUCGGCGUCGACGUGGACAAGGUCCAGACGCUGCUGUCCUUCAAGGCCAAGGGGGCGCGCCUGGUGGAGGCGUCGCUCGACGACCACGCGGGGCUCGUCGCCGCCGUGAGGCAGGUGGACGUAGUCGUGUCGGCCUUGUCCGGGACGUACAUCCGCAGCCAGGUCAAGCUCGUCGAGGCGAUCAAGGAGGCUGGGAACGUCAAGCGUUUCCUACCGUCGGAAUUCGGCAUGGACCCGUCGAAGAUGGAGCAUGCUCUUGCGCCAGGAAGAAUUACAUUCGACGACAAGAUGGAGGUACGGAGGGCGAUAGAGGCGGCGAGCAUUCCCCACACCUACAUUUCUUGCAAUUGCUUUGCGGCCUACUUUUGUCCGAACCUCGGCCAAAUCGGCACUCUUCUGCCUCCCAAAGAUAAGGUUCGUGUAUAUGGAGACGGCAAUGUCAAAGUCAUUUUUGUGGAUGAAGAUGAUGCGGCAACAUAUAUAAUCAAGACCCUAGAUGACCCUCGCACCUUGAACAAGUCAAUAUACCUAAGGCCAUCGGAAAACAUCCUUUCUCAGAGUGACCUGAUCGUGAAAUGGGAAAACCUCUCUGGAAAUGUUCUUGAGAAAAUCUACAUUCCAGCUGAUGAGUUCUUGGCUUCAAUGAAAGAUAAGGAUUUUGGCAAUCAAUUCGUAAUGGGACACAUCUACCACAUUUUUUACGAAGGUUGCCGGACAAACUUUGACAUUGGGGAGGACGGAGCAGAAGCAACUCUUCUGUACCCGGAGGUUGAGUACACCCGCAUGGAUGAUUAUAUGAAAAGAUAUGUGUAACUUUUAAUGUUUUUGGUGACGUAUCUUAUCAUAUCAGAAUCCGUAGACACUGUGUCUGGAAUUAUAAGGUGUUACAUUGCACAGUGGCACAUACUAUACUUUGGUUUGUAAUCAAGCUUUCAUAAAGAACGUGCAUAUAUUGGGCAUGUAGACACUUCAAUAAAAAAAUUUGGUUUCUAGUCCA